AUGUCAGGCAAGAAGUUGUUGAUGCUUGUUGGAGACUUUGUGGAGGACUAUGAAGCGAUGGUCCCCUACCAGUUGCUCACGUGCGUGGGUCACACGGUCGACGUGGCGUGCCCCAAGCGCAAGGCUGGCGAGAAGGUCAAGACCGCCGUGCACGACUUCGAGGGCGACCAGACCUACACCGAGAAGCCAGGACACCUGUUCGCGCUGACCGUCGAUUGGGACGCGGUGGUGGCCGAUCACUCCCACUACGACGGGUUGAUCAUCCCCGGUGGUCGUGCCCCCGAGUACCUGCGCCUCGAUCAGCAGCUGCUGGCCAUCGUGCAGAGCUUCAAGGACAAGCCCAUCGCCUCCCUCUGCCACGGCCCCCAGAUCCUGGUGGCGGCCGGCCUGCUGAAGGACAAGAAGUGUACGGCCUACACUGCGCUCGAGCCCGACGUCAAGAUCGCGGGCGGCCACUGGGAGGGCUCGUGCCCGGUCGACGGCGCCGUUGUCGAUGGCAACCUCGUCACCGCCGUCGCUUGGCCCGGUCACCCUGCGUGGAUGCGCGAGUUCCUGAAGCUGCUGGGCACCAAGAUCCACCUGUAA